AUUAUUAUUUUUUCUUUUAUGUCCCCAGAACUAGAAAUGGCUCCCCCAUCCUACUCAGAUCUCGGCAAGUCUGCCAAGGAUGUUUUCAGCAAAGGAUAUAACUGGGGAUUUUUCAAGCUUGAUGCUAAAUCAAAAACCGACAAUGGUGUUGAAUUCAAAUCUGCCCUGAACUCAAACAGAGACACAGGCAAAGUAGCUGGCAAUUUGGAAACCAAGUACAAGUGGAGUGAAUAUGGACUCACCUUCACUGAAAAGUGGACAACAGAAAAUGUGCUCAACACAGAAGUUAAGAUUGAGGAUCAACUUGCUGAGGGACUUGAUCUUACCUUUGAUACUUCAUUUGCCCCACAGACAGGAAAAAAGAGCGGAAAAGUCAAGAGUGCAUACAAGAUGGACUAUCUGAACUUGAACUGUGAUGUUGACUUUGACUUCGCUGGACCAACUGUGCAUGGUGCCGCUGUUCUUGGGUAUGAAGGCUGGCUUGCUGGAUACCAAAUGUCAUUUGACUCCUCCAAGUCAAAAUUGACGCGUAGCAAUUUUGGAUUUGGAUACAAUGGUGGAGAUUUCUCAUUUACCACCAAUGUAAACAACACCUGGGAUGACGAUAAUGAUGGCCAGGAAUUCCAAGGCUCCAUCCACCAGAAGGUCAAUGAUAGCCUAGAGGCUGCAGUGAGCCUUGCCUGGACUGCUGGUACUGGCAGCACCACAUUUGCCCUUGGCGCCAAGUACAAGCUGGAUGAUGAUGCUUCUAUCAGUGCCAAGGUGAAUAAUUCCAGCCAUGUGGGUCUUGGAUACACCCAGAAAUUGAGAGACGGUGUGAAACUCACAGUGUCAUCUUUGAUAGAUGGCAAAAACAUCAACCAGGGAGGACACAAG